AUGAUAUGCAAAAACUCUUUUUUGAAUCAAUCUUUUUCACAUAAAGAGGGAGAAGAAGAUUUAGCUGGUUUAAUUAGAUUGCUAACAGAAGAGAAAAAAGAUUUAGCUGGCUUAAUUAGAUCACAAAUAAAAAAGGAAGAUUUAGCUGGUUUAAUUAGACUGCUAAUAAAAAAGGAUGAUGAUUAUGAGGAAUGGGACGAGAAGGAUGAUGAUGAGAAAACGGAAGAAGAGGAAAAGAAUGAUGAUGAUGAGGAUUAUGAUAAUGAUGAGGAAAAGGAAGAAGAGGAAGAGGAUGAUGAUAAG